UUACACAGCCAGCAUCCGUACCAAUAAUGUCUAAACCAUAUUUCUUCAAAACCCUCUUCUUGUUUUUCUAUUGCGUUCUCUUUAGAAAACCUAAAUAUUUCCCAGCAGGACUUCUCAGCAACAACCAUUUAAACCAGUUUCAAUGUCAAAAAUAUAGGACUGCUUCUCUUGCCCUCAGAUCAGACCUCUCGAGCAAAACUUUGAUGUUCAGUGUGGAGGGAGCUCUGCUAAAAUCAUCGUCCCUUUUCCCAUAUUUCAUGCUGGUGGCCUUUGAAGCUGGGAGUUUCUUAAGGGCUUUUGUUCUCUUGCUUUUAUACCCUUUCAUUUGUUUGGUUAGUGAAGAGACGGGCUUGAGGAUUAUGGUCAUGGUUUGUUUCUUUGGGAUAAAGAAAGAGAGCUUCAGAGUUGGAAGUUCCGUUUUGCCAAAGUUUUUCUUGGAAGAUGUUGGGUUGGAGAUCUUUGAUCAAGUGCUGAGAAGAGGUGUGAGAAAAGUAUCUGUGAGCGAGCUGCCACUAGUCAUGAUUGAGAGUUUCCUAAGGGAUUAUCUGGAGAUUGAUGUUGUUGUUGGGAGCGAGCUAAAGGUAUUCCGUGGCUAUUUUGUGGGACUCAUGGAGGAGAAGAAGAAGAAUAUCAUUGGUUUAGAGGAAAUCCUUAAAGAGAAUAAAGCUGUAGGUACAAACAUAAUCGGCAUUAAUGGACUCUACAAAGUUCAUGAUCAUCACCAACUAUUCUCCCAACAUUGCAAGGAGAUAUAUUUGGUUGACAAAGCUGACAAGAGAAGCUGGCAAAACCUACCAAGAGAAAAAUACCCCAGACCACUCAUCUUUCACGAUGGUAGAUUGGCUCUGCUACCAACCCCUCUGAAUGCUCUAGCUCUAUUCGUUUGGGUGCCAUUUGGGUUUGUCCUUUCCAUUUCCAGGCUUUUUAUUAGCUUAUCACUGCCCACCGACGUAUCCAAUCCUCUCAAUGCCUUUUUAGGAAUGCACCUCACAGCUCCAACGUCAAUGCCAAAAACUCCACAUUCUCUUUAUCCAAACACCAGCAAGGAAUUACAUAAAUCCAAAGGUGUCCUCUACGCUUGCAAUCACAAAACUCUCGUGGACCCCAUUUUCCUUUCUGUGAUCUUAAAAAACCGUUCUCUUAGGGGUGUCUCGUACAGCCUAAGCAGGGUUUCAGAGAUGUUAUCACCCAUCAAAACCGUCCGUUUAACAAGGAACCGUGAUCAAGAUGCCAGGACAAUUGAGAGUUUGUUGAACAAAGGAGACAUGGUUAUUUGCCCAGAAGGGACGACCUGUAGAGAAGCGUAUCUCUUGAGAUUCAGUCCCUUGUUUGCAGAAGUGGCAGAGGAAAUAGUCCCCGUGGCAAUUGACUCCCAUGUUACCAUGCUUUAUGGCACGACAGCCGGUGGGCUCAAGUGUCUGGACCCGUUUUUCUUCCUCAUGAACCCAGCACCAUCGUACACCCUUCAAUUCCUGGAGAAGGUGUCUGGUUCCUGCACUUCUCUAAAUGGGGAGAAAUCGAAGUUCGAUGUCGCAAACCAUGUGCAAGGUGAGAUCGCAAAGGCUCUAGGAUUUGAAUGCACGAAGCUUACACGAAAAGACAAGUACGUGAUAUUGGCCGGUAACGAGGGGAUUGUCUGUCAUAAAUAGUGGAUAGCCGAACACGUUUGGGUGAAGAAAUUGCCCAGUAAUAAUUGAUGCAAUGAGGUCCAUGCAUCUGUAAUCACUUCUGUUGCGUAGUGAUCAUUAAUUGUAUAUGAUUACAGCUAGCAUGCA